AUGUAUUUAUUUAUUGUUACAGAAAUUCCAAAAUUUGGUGAACAAAUUAGCAAUAUCACUGUUCCGGUUGGACGUGAAGCUAUAUUAACAUGUGUUGUCGAUGAUUUAGGAGCAUUUAAGGUUGCAUGGUUGCGAGUUGAUACACAAACAAUAUUAACCAUACAUAGUCAUGUUAUUACAAAAAAUCAUCGAAUAGGUGUAACAAGAACAGAUCAUCGGACAUGGUAUUUACAUAUACGAGAUGUUCGGGAAUCCGAUCGUGGUUGGUACAUGUGUCAAAUAAACACAGAUCCGAUGAAAAGUCAGACUGGGUAUUUAGAAGUUGUUGUACCACCAGACAUACUGGAUUACCCUACCAGUACGGACAUGGUUGUACGUGAAGGAACAAAUGUCACGUUACGCUGUGCAGCCACUGGAUCACCGACACCAAAUAUAACAUGGCGCCGGGAAGGUGGUGAAGGCAUACCGUUGGCUACAGGGAUGGAUGUUCCAAGUAUUGAUGGGCCAGUGUUUAACAUAACAAGAGUAAAUCGGUUACAUAUGGGUGCAUAUUUAUGUAUUGCUUCAAAUGGUGUUCCACCAUCAGUCAGCAAAAGAAUUAUGUUAAUUGUACAUUUUCCACCAAUGAUAUGGAUACAAAAUCAAUUAGUUGGAGCGUACGAAGGUCAACAAAUGACACUGGAAUGCCAUUCAGAAGCGUAUCCGAAAUCAAUAAAUUAUUGGACGCGUGAUCGUGGUGAAAUUAUUGCACAAGGUUCAAAAUAUGAGCCAACGUUAAUCGAUAAUGCGUAUAAAGUUCAUAUGAAAUUAAUAAUAAAAAAAGUGACACCAUCUGAUUUUGGUUCGUAUAAAUGCGUGUCAAAGAAUUCACUGGGUGAAACAGAUGGUACCAUAAAAUUAUAUCACAUUCCACAACCAUCAACGGUUAACAAAAUUAUGACCACAACACUUCCAACAGUCCUAAUGGUCGAAAAAGAUUCCAGUUGGGAUCAUCAAAACGAUAAUAAUCGUCCAAGUAUCAAACCUAUUGGUAAUGAAAUCCUUGAAUCAGCAGAACAUGAACAUUCCAAAGAGCAGGAUUUACAUCUUCGUGGUCAAGAACCGACACCAAAGCCACAUCCAUUAGAUGAUAAUUCUCAUCAUUAUUAUGAAGAAAAGAACGAACUUUCUUCAGCAUCCAUUAAAAAUGGAUUAAUGGUCCAAAAUUUCAUUUUGCUAAAACCCCAAAAGCCGGCAGACCUACAAUGUUGA